AGAGCAGGAACAACAGCACGUGACGGGGCACGUGACUUCCUGGGUCCGCCAAGAUGGCGGCCUCCAUCUUGGCUCUCAUUCUGCUAGCCCUGGUAUUGGGGUCCCUGCUGCUCUUAUGGCGGGCGCGGCGGGGGCCUCGGGUCCGGAGCGUAUGCGUAGUGGUGGUCGGGGACGUGGGCCGCAGUCCCCGGAUGCAGUACCACGCGCUGUCCCUGGCCCGGCGCGGCUUCGAUGUGACCCUGCUGGGAUACCGUGGCUCCAAACCUCAUGAUGAACUCCUAAGCAAUGAGAAAAUUCAUAUUUUGCACAUGCCUGAAGUUAAUCGAAUCCCAGUUGCUCCCCGUACCUUUCAGUAUGUGAUAAAAGUUGUCAUCCAGGCAGUGCAUCUUCUGUAUGCCUUGCUUUUAAAGACUCCUCGAGUGGGUUAUAUUUUACUCCAGAAUCCACCUGGCCUGCCCAGCAUUGCUGUGUGCUGGGUUGUGUGUUGUCUCCGUGGGAGCAAGCUGGUUAUUGAUUGGCACAAUUACGGCUAUACUAUGAUGGGUCUGACACAUGGCUUUGCCCACCCUCUUGUACAGCUGGCUAAGUGGUAUGAAAAGCUCUGUGGCCGCCUUUCAGAUCUGAACUUGUGUGUGACCAAUGCGAUGAGAGAAGAUCUGGCAAAGAACUGGAAUAUAAGAGCUGUGACCGUCUAUGACAAGCCAGCCUCAUUUUUUACAAAUAGUCCCUUAGAGAUACAACAUCGGCUGUUCAUGAAACUGGGCCACACCUACUUCCCAUUCAGAGCAAGCACAGAACCCUUGGACCCAGCCUUUGAGAGAUCUGCAUUCACUGAGCUCAAUCCUAGGAGUGGGAAGGUGACACAACUUGAUGGGCGGCCAGCUUUGCUGGUCAGCAGCACGAGCUGGACAGAAGAUGAGGAUUUCUCCAUCUUGCUGAAAGCUUUAGAAAGGUUCGAACAGUGGAUCAUUGGUGGAGCAAACCUCCCAUCUCUAGUCUGUGUGAUAACAGGGAAGGGGCCUCUUAAAGAGCAUUAUAGUCAAAUCAUCAGCCAGAUGGGCCUCAAGCACAUUCAGAUCUGCACACCAUGGUUGGAAGCUGAAGAUUACCCUUUGCUUCUGGGAUCAGCAGACCUUGGUGUCUGCCUCCACAAAUCCUCCAGUGGCUUGGAUCUUCCCAUGAAGGUGGUGGAUAUGUUUGGAUGCUGCUUACCAGUUUGUGCAAUACACUUCCAGUGUUUACAUGAACUUGUGAAACAUGAAGAAAAUGGUCUGGUGUUUAUGGACUCUGAGGAGCUUGCAGAUCAGCUGAAGAUGCUCUUCUCAGAAUUUUCCAGUCCUGAUAACAAACUGAACCAGUUCAGAAAAAACCUUAAGGAAUCAAAGCAGCCUCGCUGGGAUGAGAGCUGGGAGCGGACUGUGUUCCCAUUGUUUACUCACACCUGAGGUGUUUGGCCAAAGACUCUAAAUCAGUAAACAUCUUUUAAGUAAGAACUUACUGUGAACAACACACCAUGCUAAGGUGCUGUAGAUAAAGUUGAAAAAAUUACAUUCUUGUCCUUAAGUGAUAUGGAGUUUUACUCGGGGACAAAACAUGUCCAUGAACUAUAAUAUAUUAGAAAAUGAUUAGACAUAUAGGAGAGAUAAAAGAAUGUCUUGAGAUUCAGAGAGGAUCUAAUUCUUGUGGAGGGGAUUAUGAAAAACUUCAUGGAAGAAAUAUCUGAACUAGGCUAUGAAAAAUAACAGUAUCUUACAUUCAUGUAACACUUGAAGUUUUCCAAAGGCAAAGCAAUGAUUAGCAGGAAAGAAGCAGGGCCUGAACCAGAGUAGUAGGAGUGGAAAGGAGGUGACUGUUAUUUUGGGAAGUGAAAGGAUAAUUUCAGAGAUGACAGAGAUGUUUUAAGCUGGAGAAGACAGGAAUGUUCAUACACAGAGAAAAAAACAGGAAGAAGAAUAGACUUUGGGGGGGCAACACAAGUUUAGUUUUAUUUAUUAAAAAUUGUUUUUAUUUACAAGCAUUUUCUCUUUCUCUCAUCCUUCUCCUAUCCCCAACCCCCAUAUUGACAAAAUCAAUUUUUAAAAAACCCUCGUAACACAUAUACAUAGCCAAGCAAAAUAAAUUCCUGCAAAAAAUUAUGCCUUAUUGUGUUGUUGUUAGAGGGGGGCAGCAUGCUUCAUCAUAGGUAGGUCCUCUGGAAUUCUAGUUUGUCAUUGCAUUGAUGGGAGUUCUCAGGUCUUUAAAGGUGUCUCUUUUAAUGCUGUCAUAUGCCAUCUAGUUCUGCUCACUUCAGUCUGUAUCACUUGAUACAGGUUUUUCCUAUUUUCUCUUGAAAUGUCCAUUUUACUACUUUCUAUGGUGCAAUAAAAUUCUAUUCCAUUCACAUACCACAGUUUAUUUAGUUGUUCCCCAGUUGAUGG